AUGUUUGGCUCUAAGUAAGUGCAAUUUUUUUCCAAGUGUCCAAUUUUUAAAAUUACGUUUUUUUCCAUAAUUUUUUCUACAAAUUCAUAAAUUUUUACGUUUUUAUCAAUAAAAAAUUUAGAAUGUCAUUUUUUACUGUGCAAUAUCUUUUUUGACGAUAUGAUUUCUUUUCACCGCACUAUGCAAGAAGAUGAAAAAUUUUGUCUGCACAGUGCAUGGGGUUUUGGCGCUAAUUUGGAAUUGCCGCACUGUGCAAAAAGAAAAAAAAAUUUCGCACAGUGCAGCACACUUCGAUUUUUGUUUUUUUGCACAGUGCAAAGCAAAAAUUUAUUUUUCUGCACGGCGCAAGAAAAAAUUUUAGUCUUUUGCACAGUGCAGUGUGGUUUUGGCGCCAAUUUCAAAGUGCUGCACGGUGCAAAAAGAAAGAAAAAUUUCGCGCAGUGCAGCACACUUCAAUCUUUUUUUCUUGCACAGUGCGAAGAAAUCAUUUUAUUUUUCUGCACAGUGCAAAACAAAAUUUUAUUUUUUCGCACAGUGCAUGAAAUAAAAAUGAGAAAAAAAUUAUUUUUUUUUGUAUUUUAGGCUGAACAUUCGACAUGAGUGUAAUACCGAAGACCCUAGUUUUGUUCGAGACUCAACUUUGGCUUUACUAAGCCAUCUUCAGCCAACUUUUGAUCGAUUUGAUGGAUUCAUGUCGGUUUCGAUGAGGGCCGAUAUCCGAGAAGUUGUAAGUAUAAUAAAAUACGCGUAUUGAAUCGUCAAAAACAUCUGGAUAGACUUUUUUAUUCUGCCAUCAGACAUUUUUUUCACUGAUUUUUUGUUGGAGAAAUCAGGGAAUUUUAUAAAAUUUAUAUUACACUAGACAUCAAACGAUAAAAAAAGAUAAAAAACAAGAUGAAUAAUGCCUUUGUAAGUAAAAAUAUUGCUUCCGAAGCAGAUUUCGAGUUUCGUAUUUUACAAUUUCAGGCCAAUAAAUACUUCGAAAAUGCCAAUUCUCAUCCAUUUAUCAGCAUGGAUGAGCCCAAUUGGGUCUUUUACCUUGAUGAUAAGCAAGUCGAAAAGUUGAUGAAUACCACUCUAAAAGCUCCUGAAGGCUAUGAAUUUUCAAGUUUGAGGCCAGAAGAAGCCGUUGAAGUGUCAAACGACACGUUGUACAUGACCAAAGGCGAUGAGAAAUAUAUUGCGUAAGUUACAGAAAGAACGAUUUUCCGGGCCAGAAAUAGUACUAUUUUAUUGAGAAAAAUAUUAAAUUUGUUUUAGUAUUACCCCAGGCGACAAAAUUCGAAUUUACGUUUUUUGUCCAUAAUUUUUGAAAAUUCAUAAAAUUUAACGUUUUUUCUCCAUAAUUCCGAAAAAAUCUCGGAAAAGCUAUAAAAUGUAUUUUAGACCAAAACUCGCCGGCCUACCGUCGGUUGCAAUGCGGAAAACGGACACAAAAGAGAUUGUCGCCUAUGUUAUCCAUGACAACUUUGGUAUGAUCUCCUCGCUGUUCACUCGCAAACCCCAUCGGAACAGAGGAAUUGGCUCUUUGAUUGAGCGAAGACUCAAUCAAAUCAACGUUGAAAAGUGAGCUGCUCCUGAAUCAAUGAAAAAGUUUGUUGAGCGCACAGUGCGGAUUUUUGUUGUGCCUUUUUCUUGCACUUUGCGACAGGUUCAGGUGGAAAAUUUGCAUUUUAUUUGCUACACAGGUCCUCUAGAUUUUUUCUGUUUAUUUUCCAGCAUCCCAAUUUUCUGCACAGUGCGGAUUUUUGAAUGAAUUUUCACUGCACAGUGCAGAUUUUGUUUGCCUUUUUCUUGCACUGUGCGAUACUUUCGGGGGGAAAAUUUUUAUUUUAUUUGCUACACAGGUUCUCUAGAUAUUUUUUUUUAUUUUCCAGAAUCUCCUUUAUCUGCACAGUGCGGAUUUUUGAAUGAAUUUGCACUGCACCGUGCUGAAUUUUAAGUCAUCGUUUUCUCGCACUGUGCCAGAGAUUCUUGAAGGAAUAACUAAAAAUCUGCUAUUUAAACACUCAUUUACACGGCAGUAAUUUUUUUGAUCUCCAUUCCUAUUUGCACAGUACAUAAUUUCGCAAAAUUUGCAACGCACAGUGCAAAAACCAACAAAUUGAGAUUAAUGACCAAACCUUUUUUCAAAACUAAAAAAUCAGCUUUUAGGCUCGGACUGGUCCCAUACAAAGCAGUUUCCGUAAAUCGACCGAGAGUAAUGGAGAUGAGUGUCAACGCUUACAACGUUGUGAGAGAUUCGAAGGGAAACCCCGAAGUCACCUACUGGACGUAUCGCUCAAAAACCCCAAAGAAAAUGGUUGUCAUCUUCGAAAAUUAA